AUGAUGAUGAAAGGGAUUUCACUUUCUCAAUCGAAUCAUUUCAAUCCAAAUCUCGAAUUCAAUCGACCAAAUCUCCCGAUCAACAUUGUGAAUCCAACCCCGUCUCGAUUUUCCCGCCCUGUUUCCAGAAGACCCCUCCGUGUUCUCUCUCUCUCCGUCGAUCCAUCGGCGAAUCGGAACGCUAAACUAACCGCUGACGCCCAAUCGCCGCCGCUCGUAGUAGUCGGAUCCGCGAACGCCGACAUCUAUGUGGAGAUCGAUCGAUUGCCCAAGGAAGGCGAAACGAUUUCGGCCAGGACAGGGCAAACGCUCGCCGGAGGAAAAGGCGCGAAUCAGGCGGCGUGCGGAGCCAAGCUGCUUUAUCCGACUUACUUCGUCGGUCGCCUGGGAGACGACGCGCACGGGAAGCUGAUCGCGGAAGCGUUGGGCGAUGGAUCCGAUGGAUGCGGAGUCCACUUGGAUUACGUGAGAUCGGUGACUGAUCAGCCGACGGGACACGCGGUGGUGAUGCUGCAAUCGGACGGCCAGAACUCGAUCAUCAUCGUUGGUGGUGCUAAUAUGAAAGCUUGGCCUGAGAAGAUGAGCGAUGAUGACCUUGAGAUCGUGAGGAAUGCUGGUAUUGUGCUGCUCCAAAGAGAGAUCCCAGAUUCCAUCAAUAUUCAAGUUGCUAAGGCUGUGAAGAAAGCAGGUGUUCCGGUGAUUCUUGAUGUGGGAGGAAUGGAUACGCCAAUCCCUAAGGAGCUAUUGGAUUCCAUUGACAUCUUGAGCCCGAACGAAACCGAGCUCAGUCGCUUGACGGGAAUGCCGACGGAGACUUUUGAACAGAUUAGUGAGGCUGUUGCAAAAUGCCAUAAGUUGGGAGUUAAGAAAGUCCUAGUGAAACUCGGGUCUAAAGGAUCUGCACUAUUCAUAGAAGGUGAAAAGCCGAUCCAACAGUCGAUAAUAGCGGCUGAACAAGUCGUUGAUACUACCGGAGCUGGCGAUACUUUCACAGCAGCGUUUGCAGUGGCCAUGGUUGAGGGAAAGUCUAAUGAGGAAUGCUUGAGAUUUGCUGCUGCAGCUGCGUCUCUGUGUGUCCAAGUAAAGGGUGCAAUACCGAGCAUGCCCGAUCGAACAUCUGUCUUGAAACUUCUUCAAUCCAGUAUCUAA